AUGUCCAGCAUCCGAAUCUCCGACGGCUGUGGAUCUGCAGAUUCGAAAAUAGGUCCUGCAGAAUACUACCCGCUGUUCAGGAAAAAUCGCGUGAAGGUUAUCAUUUCUACAAUGUUUUUACUAAAGAUUUUAUAGAUAACAAAUAUAAUUAUCCGAUGAACGAUAGGAACAGGAUAGUUACGAUAGGUAUAAUGGAUAUGAUUAUUCUUUAACAAUCCAGACCUCUUGCCCCCCCCUCUCCCCGUAAAUUCGCCACUGUGGACUAUGUGUAGGUCAAUACGUCAUUUUAUGAUGCAUUUUAGUAGAGUUACUAUAUUUCGUCUAAGGAUAGAAAAAUGUCAUUAACCCGAAAAUUAAAUAACCUCAAUUUUGAAAAUUUGACAUUUACUGCUUAUUGCGCUAGAAGGGCAGUAUAAAAAUCUGUGGUUAAAUUACUUAAUAAGUAUAGCUAAAACGUGAAAUUCAAAAAACUGUUGAGUCCCAACUGCUCUAUACAGUUCAGUGAUCAUGAGUCAACCAUAACACUCGUAUCUACAACCGUGGUUUCUACUAAAACUAUAUAAUAAUAACUCGUGGUGUAUUGCAGUUAGGAAGUUCACCCCGAUACACGGAAGUCUGGGAUCCGUUACCGUUACCGUGUUAUUUAAGAAAAGUAGCCAGUGAGACCAGUAAGAUUGUUAGAACAGAAAAACACAGUCACGUUCGAUUCGCGGAUGACCAUCAAAAAGUACAAUAAUAUAAUGAAUACAAUCUAUUAAACAUGCAUAGUUGAUGCAGAGCAUUUAUUUUUUGUUCAUGGAAACAAAUAUUACAUUUUUAAUUAUUUAAUUAUUUUUCGAUUUAUCACUAUAUAAAUAUAAAUAUAUAACCUAACAUAUAUUAUUUUAGCCUCAAUCGAAAUCUAAUAAAAAGUCUUAUAAUUCUAUUAAACCCAACCCGGAGAAAAUUAUAAAGAUACAUUACAUACAUGAUGAAAUGGUAAAUAUCUUGUUAAAUAUAAUCGAACAGUGUAUUUUUAUAUAUAUAUAUAUAUAUAUAUAUAUAUACAUAUACAUAGAAACGUUCACUACUUUAGCUAUGUUAUUAUAGGGUUUCACAGACAUUCACGAGUUCAACUUUGUGAACGACGAAUCAAACACAGAACCACGAAAACCUUGUGUAUGCGUGCAUAGAUCUAAAAAAUAAAAAUAAAAUAAUUUUUUAUUAUUAUUUAUUAUUUAUAUUAUUUUUUUUUUUUAGCAUUUUAAAGAAAAAAUAAUAUGGCCCACCGUCAAAAAGUUUCCCAUACACCGGCUAAAUAAAUUAAUCAAUGUUAAACGAGUUGUUCAAAAGGUGCGUUUAUCUCAGAAUAUAUGUAAUACAUUUGCAGUUAAAAUAGUUGCCUAAUAUCUGUUCUUACGCAAAAUUCUAUAGUCGAAAUGCACAAUUAGAAAUGUUUUACUGCCAAAGCCCACCAUUAAGAUUAAAAAAAAUAUCGUAAAGGAGAAAAUGGUCAAUCCCGGUCCGGGUCAUUAUGAUUUGCCGUCGUUGUUCGGCGCGAAACCCAUGUUCGAAUCGUUGAUAUGCAUGACGCCGAAAAACAAAUUAAAACACAAAUCUGGUCGAAGAUAUUUGGAUUUCUUGGUCAAAAAAGCACUCCAAGAAGUUAGUAUAAUAUUAUUAUGCGUGUUUUGGUUCAAUUUCAUAAAAUUGCAAUUUUCCUAAAUCCAUCGUGCAUUAAUUUCGAUCGGAAUACAGUUUAAAACGUAUAAGAGACUUUUCGGCAGUUCAGAAUAUAGUACUUAUAGUGAAAACUAGAUCACUAUAGAUGUAUAGUCUUACACACCUCACAUGAAGGGCCAUACGAAUCCAGAAUGUAAUAAUCCUGAACAUAAAAAUCCGAAAAGUAAAAUCCCAGACUGAAAAAUCUGAAACGUAAUAAUCUGGAAAAAUACUAAUGUCUUCUAAAAUUACUUUAACAGUCUCACGAUAGUAACUAUUAACUAUCAUGAAUGCACGCAUGAUAGUAUGAUGGUUAUUUUCACGAUAGUUACUGUUGCUCUGUUCACACGACGAUAUUUUAUGAUAUGAUAACUAUCACGGUUGUGAAUUUUGCAACUAUCACGCUAAUUAUACUUAAUCAUAAAAAAAUUAUAGAAGAUAUAUAAGAUUAUAAAAAAAAUUUUAAUUUGUCGAUAGGACAUACCCGGUCCAGGAAAUUAUAAGAUACCGAAAUCUUCAAUAGAUGUUGCCGCCGAACCGCCAAACAAAUAUUGCCAAACCCACUUAGCAGUAAAUAUUAUAAUCUUGUUUUUAAUUUGUUUUUCAAUUUAUUUCGAGUAAAUAUUUAUGUGUAUAAUUGUACUAAUAAAAUAUUUUUAUAUAUAGAAAAAAAUACUUUGCACUCAUAAAAUAAUUCCAAAUCGCUGCUACGUUAAAUGGAAGUGACGUAUGUUUCCAAUCUGAAAUGGAUAAAUUUUCGUCAGUAAGUUUUUUUAAUCUGUUUCGUUUUUAUUUAAUAAUAACAAUUCAAUAUUAUCAAUAUCAAACAUCAGAUACCGUAUGAAAGCAUAAACAGGGAAAAAAAUUUAGGGAGAGUAAGUUCAUCAUAGGAGGUUUAUAAGUAAAAAGACAUACUUCGCACGAUGGGUAGAAACCCGUUAUAUGUGAGAAGUUGGAAAGGUAAGAUAUAGGGAGUAAGAAGGUAGAAAGUAAGAUAUAGAUAUAUUUUGAUCUUAAAAUUCUUACAAAAAAAGGUGUUUUUAAAUAGUUUGUGCUGUUUAUUGGUAUGUAAAACGGUUAUUUUUGUUAGCUAAGAUCUGGAGCAUCAGUGAUACCAUUAAUUACCUUGUAGAUAAAAGUUGUAUCUUCUAAUUUACGUCUGGAGGAUAAGGCUGGAAUAUUUAGAGAGGACCUAAUGUGUAUAUAAACAUGGUUAUGGAUGGUGAUUUUGAAUUUCUGUGCUACAAAUUUUAAAAACCUAUUUAAAUGCGUUCGAUAAAAUCAAAGUCAGUUUUAGAGUAUGGACACCAGAUAAGAGAACCUUAUUCUAGAAUAAACCUAAAUAACGUGGAAUACAGGAGUUUUAAUGAUCUUAAAUUAAAAGAGUUGUAUUUAAUAAAGCGCAAAACUUUCAAUUAUUUUUGCACGACACACUCAAUAUAAUCAUGGAAAUUUAAAUUAUUGGUUAAAGUUAUACCUAAAUCUGUAAUUAAAGAAACUGAUUUAAGUUGGACAUUACUUAUGGAAUACUUAUGAAUUUCAUGCUCACGGGGUUUGUUAAAACUCAUUGAGUAACACAUUUUAUCAAUAUUUACGUGUACCCCAAUUUCGGCACCAAUCAGACAAAAUAUUUAAUUCAUCUUAUAAAACUAAACAACAUCUAACGAGGAAAUACAAAUAAAUAUUUUUAAAUUGUUUGCAAAGUACAGAGCGUAGUAUUUCUUAAGAACUGAUAAUAUUCCCAUUUAUAAAUAAAUUAAAUAAGAUGGACGAUAAAUAACACCCUUGGGGAAUUUCUGAUGAGAUAGGAACCGUAUCUGAAAAGAAACCUUGAACUUUAGUGAACGGGGAUCUGUGUAAGAUUAGAGUUAAACCAAGACAACAAAUGGAUGACUAAACCCUAACUUGCCCAACACAAUUGUCAGUAAUUCAUGAUCAACGCGUUUAUACUCUAAUGUAUAAUACGUGCCUAACCUUAUAGUUUAUUUUAUUCAAUGAAAUUCACAUUUUUUUAUGAAUAGUAAAUUUUAAUCUUUAAAUGUAUCAUAAUAAACAAAAUUAAAAUCAUUUACCAUGCGAUCAGAAAUGUUCGAUCUUCGAACUGCGGAUUUCAAACUCCCGAAAUAGAAUUUCAAUUUCAAUUUAUUAUAUUAGAAAUUCCAUAUUUAAAUAACGUAAACUAUGUUAAAUCACACAUUUGUCAUUAAAAUAUUUAAUUAGGUUAAGUAAAUGUAACACUCAUUUUCUACGAGACGUUCUGGAAAUUAUUUGUAUUUUAUAAUAUAUACUCGAAUGUAGUAUAAGAUUCCGAAUUUCAGACUUUUAAAAUUCAUUUUUACUUUAAUAUAGGAAUAAUAUAGUUAUAUAAUUAAUCACUCACAUUCGUGAGGUAUAAUAAAGAGGGUAUAAUUAUAAUUUUUGUUAGGAUAUGAUAAAAAAUGAUAUAAUGAUAUGAUAUUGCACUGUUAAAUAAUAUUAUAGGAAUUAAGAAUAAGUAAUUUAGACACAAUAUACUAUGGAUUAAAUAUAAUUAAUCAAGAUUAAUACUGAGUAACUAAAAAAUAUUCAAAUAAAUUUAAAAUUGGCCCCAUGUCAUUAUUAUUCAACACAAAUACAGUUGUUUUAUUAUAUGGUAAUCAUAAAAUUAUAAUAUAAUUGGAUGUAGAUUAUAAAUCUAUUUUAGAUGCACUAUCAUUGUAUAUAAUUUUAAUUUAUUAUGUUAAGCCGUCAUCCCUAUAGCAUUCAAAAAUCCUGGAUACAUCACUGAUAUAGUAUGUAGCUAUUAUAAUGGACACAUGUUAAUUCCCUACUGUAUUAGAAGUAUAUAAAUUCUAAAAAUAUUUCUCUAAUGUUAUUAGGGAAGUUUAAAUACGCGUAAGGUUAGGUUUGCUAAAAGUAACAAAAUAUUUUAAGAGCAUUUUAUCACUAGAGAAAUUUUCUAUUUUAUUUUCAAAAAUUAGUAUACAAAUUACAAUAAAUUGAUCGUUAUAAUGUUAUUGUAUUCGAUUAUUUAUUGUUUUACAAAGAAUAUUUUUAUAAUACAAAAUAGAUGAGGGAAAACUUUACCCUACAGUGAAGUAACUAUGGUGCUCACGAGUGUUCUUAUAAUGCAAUAGCAUUGUUUUUGUUUAUCUAAAAGUUUCUCGAAUAUUAAUAAUUUGUUUUGUUGUCUUGUCAGAAAAUUAAAUGUUAAUGUGUGUUUUGUAGAUCCAACAAUGUACAACAUCGUGACGGCAACAAAAGUCGAUUUGCGCGAAAAAACAGAACAUGAUGGUGACUAG